CGCAUUUAGUCAAUACUCAUCACAAUGUUACAACACAUUUUUCCGGGGACGCCGUAUUGAUUUUACAAACACGUGAAGUGAUUUCAGUGAUAACAGUUUAGUGUUUUUGUUUUGAGUUGGUUCGGAACACUUUCACAAUGGUGCAGCAUCACUGGCAAAGUCAGAAUGUCAAAGUGUCGGGAGUUGAUGACAUGGUCCUUCUUCCAAAGAUCACCGAGGAGGCAAUUAUGGAUAAUCUACGGAAGCGGUAUAUGGAUGACUACAUAUUCACGUGCAUCGGACCUGUUUUGGUAUCGAUAAAUCCGUUCAAACAGAUGCCCUAUUUUGGGGAGAAGGAGGUGCAGAUUUACCAGGGUGCGGCUCCGUAUGAAAAUCCACCUCACAUCUAUGGUCUAGCGGAUGACAUGUAUCGCAACAUGCUGAUAGACGUAGAGAGCCAGUGCGUCAUAAUAAGUGGCGAGUCAGGCGCCGGCAAGACGGUUGCAGCCAAGUACAUAAUGGCUUAUGUAUCGAGGGUAAGCGGUGGUGGUGAACGCGUACAGAGAGUCAAGGACAUUAUCCUGGAGUCCAACCCACUGCUUGAGGCAUUUGGCAAUGCUAAGACCAUCAGGAACAAUAACAGCAGCCGAUUUGGCAAAUACGUAGAAAUGCAGUUUGGAGAUGGUGGACAGCCGAUUGGCGGUAAAAUCACAAACUUCCUCUUGGAAAAAUCUCGAGUAGUUAGGCACAACAUUGGCGAAAGAAACUUCCACAUUUUUUAUCAGCUGGCAUCUGGCGCAAAUGAGCAGAUGAAAUCGGAGUUAGGACUCCGACAAGAGCUUGAUAACUGCGAUUACCUGAUGAACUGGGACGGCACUGCCCUCCGGCAAGCUGAUCGUGUGGGUGGAUCCGAUGCUAAAGAAUUUCAAGAGACCUUGAAAGCCUUGAGUGUUAUGGGAAUUGUAGAAACCGAGGUAUCAAACCUCCUGAGGAUAGUCUCUGGUAUCCUCCACAUAGGCAGCAUUAAAUUCCGGGAGAACGGAAAUUACUCCCAAAUUGCUGACCGAAGAGCACUUGAAUUCCCAUCGUCUCUACUCGGCAUUUCUGCGGAUCGUCUCUCCCAUAAAUUGACAUCGAGGGAAUUCGAGUCCAAAUGGGGCAGUCAGUCGGAGAGUGUUGAUGUAACACUCAAUGUACCACAGGCACUUUAUACGCGUGAUGCACUAGCCAAAGAUAUUUAUGCCAGGUUGUUUGAUUACUUAGUGAAACGUGUCAAUUCAGCCAUGCAGACAACUGGAGACUCGUUUGAAAUAGCUAUUCUCGAUAUAUACGGAUUUGAAAUAUUUGAAACCAAUGGAUUUGAACAGUUCUGCAUUAACUUCGUCAACGAAAAAUUGCAACAGAUAUUUAUUGAGUUGACGUUGAAAGCAGAACAGGAAGAGUACAUAGCAGAGAACAUCAAAUGGACGCCAAUUGACUACUUCAAUAACGCGAUAGUUGUUGACCUUCUCGAAGGCAAACGUCCCCCCGGUAUCUUCUUGAUCCUAGACGACAUCUGUGCGACCCUCCACAGUGGCACAGGUUCAGCGGACUCUGACCUACAGAAGAAGCUCUCCGCAGCCUCCAACACCCACCCUCACUUUCUCGGAACAAGCGAUGGCUUCGCUAUUCUCCAUUACGCCGGACAGGUGGCCUACUCGGUUGACGGAUUCUGCGACAAGAACCGGGAUGUCCUCUUCACGGAUUUAAUCGAGUUGAUGAGAAGCAGCACCAAUCCCCUCAUCCAGUCCCUGUAUCCCCCGGAGGACGACGCAAAAAAAACAAAGACUCUUAAAAAACCGACAACAGCAGGAAGUAAAAUCAGGAGUCAGGCAAGUAGACUUGUUGCACAACUCAUGAAGUGCACUCCGCACUACAUUCGUUGCAUAAAGCCAAACGAAACGAAGAAGGCGCGUGACUGGGAUCAGAUGCGGGUGAAGCACCAGGUCGAGUAUCUGGGCUUGAAGGAGAACAUAAGAGUUAGGAGAGCGGGUUUUGCUUAUAGAAGAUCAUUCGCCAAAUUUUUGCAUAGAUACGCCAUUUUGACGCGUGAAACCUGGCCCAUCUGGUCUGGAGAUGAGAGAAGAGGGGUUCAGUGGAUCAUGUCGAGCAUUCACAUUGACGAGAAUCAGUAUCAAUUGGGUACCACCAAGGUCUUCAUCAAAGCUCCGGAGAGUAUAUUCAUGCUGGAGGAGGCUAGAGACAGAAAAUUCAAUUUUUACGCGAGAAUUAUUCAGAAGGCCUUCAAGAAGUUCUUCGCCAGGAAGAGACAGGACAGUGAGAAACAGGCAGCUGCUGACAUAAUGUAUCGACAUAAGCAGAGACGCAAACCGAGUCUGGAGAGGAAUUUCGUUGGGGAUUAUAUCGGCCUCGAUGGAAGGCCCGGACUCAUGAGUCUUCUUGGGAGAAGGGAGAAAGUUCUCUUCGCUGAAGUUGUGAGGAAGUAUGAUAGAAGAUUCAAGAUGUGCCGGAGAGAUCUGGUGGUGACGGGGAAUUGUUUGUAUUUGAUUGGGCGAGCGGAGAAGCCGGGCAAGUCGGGGAAGGGGCGAUUUGCCAGGGGCCAGAGGGUUUUGGAGGAGAUUAUCAAGAGGAAGCUGGUGUUCGAGCAGAUCAGUCAUAUUUCUCUGAGCACUCUGCAAGACGAUUUUGUCAUCAUUCAUGUCAAGGAGGACUAUGCAAGUCUUCUACAAGUUAUGUUUAAGACGGAAUUUCUAUCUGUACUCAGCAAAAAGUAUCUGGAAAUUGUGGGGCAUCCACUUAAUAUCAGGUUCAGCAACAAUUUGGAGUUUAAAGUUAAGAAGGAGGGCUGGGGCGGAGGCGGCACUCGUCAGGUCAAGUUUACGCAAACUGGCUGGGGGGAUGAGGAAGUUUUGAACUCGAGUGGAAAAAUUCUGACUGUGACUAUUGGACCCGGUUUACCCGCUAAUUCGAGACCAAGCAGAGCUGCAGAACAGAGGAGUGCAACAAGACCUGUGAAUCAUCGGCCUGCACCAUCUCUCCAGAAUAAUUCAUCCGUAAUAAACCAGAAUUCGAGACCCACAAGGCCCUCAAUGCCCAGCGAACCAAGACCAGCACCAAGGACACUCUCAGGUGUCCAAAGUACCGUUCAUGCUGCACCGAUGAGUUCCAGACCCCAACUGCCACCUAAUCGACCAAACGUUCGACCCACACUUAACAAUAUCAACAACAAUAAUAACAAAGUCGCUGGACUAUCAGCAUCCCUAGGUAAAAUACUGGUGAAUCCCUCGGGAGCGCCAAGAGUGGGUCUCCUGAGAGCUCCUCCCCCACCUUCAGAUCCAGCGCCACCAAAUCAACCGAUGGUCCAUCCAUUCGCCACCAAUCAGAAGACGGAGAACAGAAAUAGUGAUAAUCGAUUGUCUGCAGGAGUCAUUGAUAUAGAUGAUCCCAAUCACCGGCUAGCUGCUGCCCUUCAAAUGCAUUGCGGUAAAAAUAAGGGAUCUCAACCUCAACGAGCACCACCUAGGCCACCUUCAAUCUCCAAUCUUCCUAGAGUCAGAGCUCUCUAUGAUUACAGUCCGCAAGACUUGGAUGAAUUGGCGUUGAAGGAGGGGGAUGUCAUUGAAGUAUUAAAAGAACAUGAAGGCGGUUGGUGGCACGGUAGAAUGAAUGGGAAAACUGGCCUCUUUCCCUCAAACUACGUAGAAAAAAUUUAAACUGUUACCCAUAAUGAUUUAUAAUUCCAUUUCUACCUUAUUUUUAGAAUUGAAUAAAACCUUCCAAAGAUACACUGAAACGGCAAUCGAUCAUUUGAUAAUCGCUCAUUAGAUGCACGAUUAAUGGAGACAUGGAGUCCAUUCAUGAGUAAUUAGUAUGUAGAUAGCCCACAGAUGAUUCUAUCAUUUGUACUAAGUUUGUACCUCUUUGUAUUAAGCUUAAAAUGGUUCGUUACUUUUUGAUUUAUUACUAAAUAAAAAAUAAAAAAUCCAACAGCCGUUUGGCCGACAGAUUAGUAAAAGAUGAUAUUUUUUAAUAGGUUCGCUCCAUAUCGAUAGAGAAUCGUUGAUAGUUCAGUGAUUUAUUUGUGUAAUUACUGGUUAGUAGAAAAUGUGAACAUAGAGAGGCAGAGAUUAUAAGGGAUGAUGAUGAUAUAAUUUUUAUGGCACUGACUGUUGUCUUGCGGCCGUUGAUCAUAGGAGAGAUUGCGAACGCUUAUGGAGUAGCUUCAACCGCCAAAUUACGUACAGGUAGCGCGGGAACUACGAUGGUGAACGUGCCUGACGUUAAGGCAUUACCACGAAGUAGGUGGCAUUCGAUUGAUGAAACGAUUUCUGAUUGUUCUAAAGCUCUUUUGUUUCUGGGGGACAGAUUUCUCAUCGAUUCGACGAAUCAAUAGCUCUUAAGGUGGAGUUUGGAUUCGGUAGGAGGGCUUCCACCUCGGGAUGGGGUUCAGGCUCUUUGCUUUCUGAUUUUUCAAGGAGUUCCUUGAAGGUCACCACUAUUGUCUCCUCUUCUUUUCUAUUUCUCUUUAAACCUGUGGCAAAAAUAAUAAAAAAACUAUUAAUUCCAUUGAAGGGACGACAACGAAGCCAGCUGGAUAGUAUUAACAACAAAUGGAAAACUACGAUGAGACAUAUUCAACAUGGUAAAUAAAUCGUAAAAUUUACAUGGUGAUUCAUGCACCACGUCGAUUUCUGUCGACUCACUGGCAAAAACGUUUAGGAGAUGAUCCUCGCAAUCGAUGAAGUAGAUUUUCUUCGUCAUCCCGAAAUUCUCGAUUGAAUUAACCACGUAAGGGCUGACGUGGAGAAAUAUCAGCUGUUGAGAUUUUCCCUCAAAUGCGUUGAUGAGAUUUUCAAUCCCUUUGGUGGCGGUAUAAUCUAUACCCUGAAGCCUCUCAAAGUCUACAACAACUGGGUAAAUUCCUCGUGCCUCGCGAUACGCUACUUUGAUUAUUUUCGUCGUCAAGAACGAUACUGCGGGGUAGAACAGGCCUAUUUCUGGUUUAACGAGGACAUAUUUGUCAUCUAGAACUGUCUGAAAUGCAACAGGAAAAAUCGAUAGCCACGAUUAUAAGACAGUUCUCAUCUUCUUCAUAAAAUAUCCUUAAAGAGGGCUUUAGACGCCCUUAUAUUUUUUCCUAUACUCUCUCGUUGUGUUUUUACCUUUCUGGAAUGAAUCUCAACCGUUGGUCUUGCAGACAGAUAAAGCAGGAACAGAGCAUUGACAACAGUACCAAACAACAAUCCAGUCUCCACGUUCAACAAAAUACUGAUGAUGAAUGUUCCCACAGCGAUGAAUAGGUCUUUUUCUAAUAGAAAAAGACAGAAUAUAAUGCAAAUAAUUCAAUUUAUGGAUCUGACAACUUCAUCCACUCACUGUUGCCCCUCCACAAGACCUUCAUGAUCUUCACGUCGAUGAGAAAAAUAACAGCGGCGAUGAGAACAGCUGACAACGUGGAUCUGGGAAUAAAUCCGAAAUAAGGUGUAAGGAAACUGAGGGCUAGAAGGGUCAUAAUUCCAGAGUAAAGGCCAGCCAUGGGGGUCUGUAUGCCACUGGCACUGCCCACAGCACUUCUGGUGAAGGCUCCACAAGUUGGCAUCGAUCUGAAGAAACUUCCUGCUAUGUUACACACACCCAGGGUGAGCAUUUCCUGCGUUGCCUCGACCGGACCAUCUCGCACUGAAAUUCAAGAUUAAUCUCCCGCAGACGUUCGAGGAAAAGUUUAGAAUAAACUUUAGGGCAACAUUAGCCAGAACAGCAAUGAGUGGAACCAUAAUAAUCCCUGAGCCGAGAUGGGAGCACAUUUCGUAGAAUGAAUACGUGACAUUUUCAUGCUGAGUGGAAAAAGGAGGUGGGGAAAAUUCAGGAAGACCUGGUCUCACAGUGGCAGCAGUGUUAAAUAUAUACUCUCCAUCCUGAUGAUACCUGAAGGUGAUAGUAGAUGUGAUCACAACGAUCAGUGCAUUACGAGAGAUCGAGAGAAACCAAAGGGUUUUCUCCAGCAAAAUUCCGGCUGAUUGGUUUCGACGCUUGAUCGCAUCGCACGGUAUGUCCUUCAAUUUCUAAAAAUAGAAGUAUUUUACGCUUUAUCGUAAUGAUAAGGACGCUUGGAAGCGGGGACAUUAAUUUGUGCGAUGAAACUCACUCGGAAUGCCAAGAGAAAUAAGAUACAGGUGAUACCCAGUGCAGUAUCGUUCCAUCGUAUUAGCCAACGUUUUUCGUACAGCUGUACUAAAGUAUGUAUGAUGCUCUCUGAUUUAAUCUUAACACCGACUAAUCCGGGGAGUUGAGAAAUAACGAUUAUAAUUGAUGUGGCUGAGGUGAAGCCAGACGUUACUGGUAUCGAUAUAAAAUCGACUAGAAAACCUGAAAGAUGGACAAUUUCUUUUAGGCGUGUUUUUUUCACAAAAGACCUUAUCUUCAAGAAAAUAAUGUGAUGGGAAGUCUAAGUCCGGUGGAAGUUUGAGCUAAAAUUUUUUAACAGUGUAAAAUGAAAAGUAGGAGUGCCAGUCCGUAGUUUACCUUCGGUUCCAGCUGUACAGUAAUCGUUAGUAAAAUUAUUUUCAAACACCUGCCUAAAUUGAAAAUUCCCAUGCAAAGUUCAGCACAUCCGGCUAAAAAACAGAGUAGCACCGCAAAAUCCGGAUUUUUUGUACUGGUGAAUUCGGCGGUAACGAGGGCCAUCAAGGAGGUUGCGCCGAUGGAGACUUCUUUGAUUGUUCCGAAAAAAAUGUAGACGAAUCCACCGAUGAAUGAAGAAUAUAAACCAUACUAAAUGAAAAAAUCAUUUUGAUUUUAUGAUAUUAUCGAAAUAAUCUGAAUAUGUUUUUUAACUUUUUUCUCCUUCCGCAUACAAUGAAUUAGAGGUGUGUGAAUAUUUCCCAUUUAGAGUAAUUUAUAAUGAAUUGAAUUCGAAUCAUUCAAUCCCGACUGUAAACAGUUGCGACCUUGUGAGAGUGUCAUUAGCCGCUAGGAGUGAUUUUAAAUAAAAUAAAGUUUCACUUCGCGAAAAAAUUGGAAUCUGACAAAAGUCGAUUUUCUCUCCAGUUUGGACAAAUUGGAAUUAUUCGCACAUAUGAAUAAACUAAAAAAAUCAAUAUUUAAUUCCAAUUCUGAAUGAAGUUUCACUAUUUAAUUCAAUUCAUUCAUUAUUCGUACACCUCGAUAAUGAAUACAUAGAAAAUAUUAUCUUGUUCGUACUUGCGGAGUUAGAUGGGCCAGUCCGGCAUAAGCAAUACUCUGAGGUAUCAUAGUGAGUCCCAGAGUAAUUCCCGCGAUGAAAUCAGAAAUUGCGUAAAAUCGUGAGUAUUUCGGCAGCCAUCUCGUUAUUGGAACAUACUUAUUUAUGAAGAAUUUUGCAUUCUUCUUCCGCAUUGUCUCCUUGCUCUCCCCAUUUUCCAUCUCUGGUCGGCUUUAUUUUCACUCUUCAAAUCAAUCCUACUUGUACCGAUGUAUUCAUCAAGUGAAUAAGAAAGUGAAUCGCAAUCGUUAUCAAUGAAGAAUUAUGUUAACAUCUCGUCAUCUACCAGGAGAGAUAAAAAAUUGCCAAGUGAUAAUUUUUUAUUCACAAGUUGAGCAAAUUUCCUUGUGUCGUGAUAAUGACCUGCUGUACUUUUAUCACUUUUUCACUAUUUUCUCUCAAUAUUUCAUCUCGAUUGUUGAGAUCUGCACUGGGAUUUUUAACUGAUUAUGGUCACUUACGAUUUAACGACAAUAUCACGAUGUACUCGCACAAUGCGGUAGCAACGUAGUACUGGCACACACACGAUUAAAUAUCAAACAACGAUUACAAAUAAACCCAUUCUCAUUAUCUCCAUGAGCCUGAUGUAAAUAACACAAUGGAAAUUAUAAGCACAUUAGCAGGAGUUGCGUUGAUACAGCGAGUGAUAAGAAAAUUCCUGACACCUUCCUAUGAAAGACCAGAAGCCUCGACCAUGACGAUGUACAGACUUAUCCAUAAAAUGGAGGCAAUAAACCCCUCAGCUCUAUGCAAGACCUUGUUAGAAACAUUUACGAACAGUUGAAGCCUAGAAUCACCUCAUAUGCUUCAAUUACACACUAUUCAUCACAUCUCAUCCCACCUCUCAUCAUUCAGCAUCAAAUGGAAAAAUGACCUCUCAGUGAGUGCGGGGUAAUAGUGCAGCAAAACCUCUAUUCUCAUAUAUUUAUUUCUACCAAAUAAUAUAUUACCAUAAAAUUGUUAUAUCCUCUGUACAUUAUUCAUAACGAUCGAUUACAACAAAGUACUCUAACAUGUACGUGGCACAGAUAAUAUCACCCCAGAUUAUUCCCAAACACUGUCGUUCACCCAAAAUUUCAAAUUUCUCUCUCGUAAAAAUUAUAAUUAAAAAAUGUCAAAACAGGAAGAAUUAUUAUGAGCCCAUUAACUCGGUAUUAAAUAAAUAAUCAAUAAAAAUCCUAUAAAAAAACCAUUCACGAGAGCAAAUCAACGAAGUUUCUUGUUGACUUGAUCGAUCAUGUCAUCGAUUCGUUGCGAUAUACCUCGAAAUUUGUUGGGCUCAGGUCCGAUCAUUUGGAUGAGCUGGGGCACCUCUUGUCCGCUAAUUUGGGUGAAACGGGCCAACGCUUUCAUGCAGGCAAAGAGCUGCUCCUCUGGGGGAUUGCCGUUGAAGUACUGGAGGAGGGCCAUUGUCAGUUCCACUGCUACGUCGUCAAACACCUGAUGAAGUAAGGGAAAAAACAUUGCAUGAUUUACCCAACGAAUUGAGAAGACGUAUGAAGUAAUCUAGGAUGACAACAGAAAAUGAAAAAAAAAAUCAGAUGACGGAUUUUCAGAGGUUCCUCCAAACACCGAAUGAUGAGUGAUGGUUGUCUAACGUCGACUCACCUCGCAGUCACGAAUAGAAGGGGAAAAGUAACUGGGAUAGGUACCUUAGAAGCGCUGCCUUUGGGUAAUAGUUGCCGGAGGGCUUUGUUUUUGUUCAUUUUCUGAAAAAAUAUAUCCAAUCCCUACAGAAAAAUCCAUUCCACCCUUCCUACAUAUUUUUUUUGCAUGUCAUCAACAUAAUCAACAAGCAUUUGUACAUUCAGCGACAAUGUAAACAUUCUUAUCUGUUGUUCUUAUUUUCGUUUUUUUGAAUACAUAGACGUUAAUGAUACGACUCGGAAGGCAGCACUUCUGUUUGGAUAACGUUAGACAUCGUUCUGUUAUCGGUGACGAUUUAAUGCAAGUCAGAUGGGAGAACGCGAGUUACAUUUUAUUUGUCAUCAGUUGUGGAAUAAGUUAGACGAAAAGCCAGAAGGAUACAGACCACAGUUUUUACCUCCUUGCAGGCGAGGUUGUGGAUUAUCGCGGUGCCACGCGCCUGGAGGUCGGGGCAGUCUGAGAGGAGGGAGUGCACUGACACUUUUGUCGUUACUCUGAUGUUACUGAUUCCUUGGUUGUUGUGCUGCCAUUCCGAAAUGUAGAGGAGCCAUUCUGAACUGCUGAGGUUCUCGAACAUAUUUGCCAUCUAGACAAUAACAAAUAGUUCACUGAAUUUUGAUUCAGUAAUUCAGAGGUAUGGGAAUUUUAUAAAGUCACAUAGAUGUGGACUUACGAAUUGUGCAAGAGGAAGUUGCUCUUCAACUGGAUGACGGUCGAUAUCAUAUGCGAAGUUCAUGAUUAUGUGUUCCCUCCUGUCCUGAUGCAACAGGAGAAUUACAUCGUCUUUCAGAGCUGCUGCACUGAGGAUGUUAAGUAGCCUCACCCUUGCAGCGCUUUCCAGUGACUUAUCAUAAAGGAUUCGUCC